AUGUCCUUCCUAGGAUUCGGCGGUCAACCACAGCUUAACUCACAACAAAAGGUUUCAGCAGCUGAAGCUGAGCUUGAUUUGGUAACCGAUAUGUUCAACAAGCUAGUGGAUAACUGCCAUAAGAAGUGCGUGCAAGCAUCUUACAACGAGGGCGAGCUCAACAAAACGGAGUCCUCUUGCAUCGACAGAUGUGUAUCGAAGUAUUUCGAGACAAACGUCAAAGUUGGUGAAAACAUGCAAAAACUGGGCAACGCCUUCGGAAACGCUGGUAAAUUCUAG